CCAGAAGCUGGAGCCAUCCUGCGCCUUCCCUUAGCUCUGCUACUCAAUAAAUCGGUGUCCCUUCAUUGCCCUCUGGUGUCUCCUCCUCGCCUUCUGGAGUCCCAUCAUCACCCCCUAGCAUCCCUUCAUUUCCCUGAUGUCCCCUCACCACUCCCUGGUGUCCCCUCACUGCCCUCUGAUGUCCCUUCAUUGCUCUGUGGUGUCCCCUCACUGCCCUCUGAUGUCCCUUCAUUGCUCUGUGGUGUCCCCUCACUGCCCUCUGAUGUCCCUUCAUUGCUCUGUGGUGUCCCCUCACUGCCCUCUGAUGUCCCUUCAUUGCUCUGUGGUGUCCCCUCACUGCCCUCUGAUGUCCCUUCAUUGCUCUGUGGUGUCCCCUCACUGCCCUCUGAUGUCCCUUCAUUACUCUCUGUGUCCCCCCAACGCCCUCUGGGUGUCCCCUCCAUCGCCCUCUGCGUGUCCCCUCAUCACUCUCUUGGUGUCCCCUCAUUGCCCUCUGGUGUCCCCUCAUUGCCCUCUGGUGUCCCCUCAUUGCCCUCUGGUGUCCCCAUUACCCCCUGCUGUCCCCUCAUCACCCUCUGGUGUCCCCAUUACUCCCUAGUAUCCCCUCACUCUGGAUGUCCCCUCAUCGCCCUCUGCGUGUCCCCUCAUCACCCUCUGGUGUCCCCAUUACUCCCUAGUAUCCCCUCACUCUGGAUGUCCCCUCAUCGCCCUCUGGUGUCCCCUCAUUACCCCCCCCCAUGUCCCCUCACUGCUCUCUGGUUCCCCCUCAUCUGCUCCAUGUCCUCUACUCUUUCUGCUGGCAAAAACCAAUGA